AGAAGGGAGAGGCACACCAAGCUGCCGAAGAAGCACUAGCCCACGUCUUCCCAGCCCCUGUCCUGCUCCCCACUUCCAGCAGACCAGGAACCCCUUCUCCGUGCCGCCCUUCCAGAUGGCAGGUCGCCGGUGGGCCGUGACGUCAGCCCUCUGCGUGUGCGUGGCAGCUGUCUCUCUCCUGCACACCGGCGGGGUGCGGGCAGACUGCUGGCUCAUUGAGGGGGACAAGGGCUUUGUCUGGUUGGCCAUCUGCAGCCAAAACCAGCCUCCCUACGAGUCCAUCCCCCAGCAAAUCAACAGCACCAUCGUGGACUUGCGGCUGAACGACAACAAGAUCAAGAGCGUGCAGUACGCCUCGCUCAGCCGCUUUGGCAACCUGACAUACCUCAACCUGACGAAGAACGAGAUCUCCUACAUCGAGGACGGUGCCUUUUCAGGACAGUUCAACCUCCAGGUGCUGCAGCUGGGUUACAACCGACUGAGGAACCUCACUGAGGGCAUCCUCCGGGGCCUGGGGAAGCUGGAGUACCUCUAUCUCCAGGCCAACCUCAUUGAGACUGUCACGCCCAAUGCCUUCUGGGAGUGCCCCAACAUAGUGAACAUUGACCUAUCCAUGAACAGGAUCCAGAGACUCGACAGCAACACUUUUCGGGGCCUAAACAAGCUCUCUGUCUGUGAACUCUACAGUAACCCCUUCUACUGCUCCUGUGAGCUCCUCGGCUUCCUGCAAUGGCUGGAGGCUUUCACCAACAUGACACGCACGUAUGAUCGGAUGCAGUGCGACUCCCCACCCGACUACGUGGGCUACUACUUGUUAGGCCAAGGCCGGACUGGCUACCGCAAUGCUCUGAGCAUGCUCUCUUCCCUUUGCACCGGUGGUUCCUACACUGUGAUCCCUCGUUUUAUCCCUCCCAGGUACCAGGUGACCACAACACCCUCUGAAAGCCCCUGCUCCGAGGAGGAGUGCUCCUCUGGCGAUGGCACGACCCCACAGUUCGCCCUCUUCACGCCCAUCGGUGAGACAGAGGUGCGCCCCAACAUCCAGGUGAAGCACCUCAACCACAACUCAGCCGUCCUCACCGUUCAGAUCCCCUACCCCUUCAGCAAGAUGUACAUCCUCUCCCAGUUCGAAAACGGCUUCUCCUCCAUGAUCACCAAGCUCAGGAAGAAGGAGGAGAACAUCACCGUGAGCAACCUAGUAGCACAAAGAGAUUACACCUAUUGUGUAGUCUCUGUCCACCAAUACUCCAAGUACAACCACACCUGCGUCACCAUCACACCCACCAGACCCAACCGCAAGGAGCCAGUGCCCACCCCUUCCACUGCCACUCAUUAUAUCAUGACAAUCCUAGGCUGUCUCUUUGGCAUGGUGAUUGUCCUGGGAGUUGUGUAUUACUGUCUCCGAAAGAGGCGCCAGCAGGAGGAGAAGCACAAAAAGGCUGCUGGUAGUAUGAAGAAGACCAUCAUCGAGCUGAAAUAUGGGCCAGAAAUGGAAACCACCAGCAUCACCCAGCUGUCCCAGGGACAGAUGCUGGGUGGGGAGACAGUGACCCGCAUCCCCUACUUGCCUUCUGCUGGUGAGGUCGAGCAGUACAAGCUGAUUGACACCAGCGAGACACCCAAGGCCACCAAGGGCAACUACAUGGAAGUGAGGACAGGUGACCAGCCCGAGAGGCGAGACUGUGAGCUGUCCCUGCCGCCAGACACCCAGAGCUCCGUGGCUGAGAUCUCCACCAUUGCCAAGGAGGUGGACAAGGUGAACCAGAUCAUCAACAACUGCAUCGAUGCCUUGAAAUCUGAGUCCACCUCCUUCCAAGGAGUGAAAUCGGGGGCAGUCUCCACAGUGGAGCCUCAGCUGGUACUCUUAUCAGAGCAGAUCCCCAGCAAGCACGGAUUCCUCUCCCCCGUCUACAAGGAAAGCUACAACCACCCUCUCCAGCGGCACCACAGCAUGGAAGCAGCCCCUAAACGUUCCAGCACCUCUUCCAGUGGCUCCAUACGGAGCCCCAGGUCCUACCGCUCCGAGGGAUCGGGCCACAAAUCUGAAGCCAAAUACAUCGAGAAGACGUCCCCCACCACUGACACCAUCCUCACUGUGACCCCGGCCGCGGCCAUCCUGCGGGCAGAGGCGGAGAAGAUCCGUCAGUACAGCGAACACCGGCACUCGUACCCCGGCUCGCACCAAGGGGACCAGCACGACAGCAUGGCGGGGAGGAAGCCCUCUAUCCUGGAGCCUCUGACCCGUCCUCGCCCCAGAGACCUGGCCUAUUCCCAGCUCUCUCCUCAAUAUCACAACCUGAGCUACACCUCCAGCCCAGAGUACACCUGCAAACCAUCGCACAGCAUCUGGGAGCGCUUCAAACUCAACCGCAAGCGGCACAAAGAUGAGGAGGAGUACAUGGCAGCCGGCCACGCCCUGCGCAAAAAGGUCCAGUUUGCCAAAGACGAGGAUCUUCACGACAUCUUAGACUACUGGAAGGGUGUCUCUGCCCAGCAAAAGUCCUGAGUCCUCACACAACUCAUGACUUAACAAACUAACUGGACCAAAAGAAAUCUGCAGCAGCUAUUUUUACUCAGACUGUCUUUGAAAACAAAAUAAAAUCUAUUAAAAAAAAUUAAAUAAAUCAAUAAAAAUAAAAGAGAGAACAAAUUACAAAAAUCUAUAAAUAUUCUAUAUAAUAUAUAAAGUGAGAUAUUAAAAUGUCCUCACGUCGGUGAGAUACGCACCAAAUUUAACACUAACUUGACAAACAAACAAACUGUGGAGUGAAAAUUUUUGUUUCAUUUUGAUUUUUUUUUGUAAAAAAAAAAAAAAAAGAAAAAAGAAAAAAAAGAAUAUAAAAAGAAAAUGAAAGAGCGGGCAGAGAGCUGAGGUCUGGCCUUUCCCAAUAUUGCAUUGCAUGAGUCCCUAUUCCGUGAUUUUGUGGAUUCUUUGUGAACAGUUUUGUGUUAUUCCUUCCUUCCCUUCCAAAAUCAACAGCAACAAAAACAGCAACACAAACCAAAAAGAGACCAGAAGGAGCUCCAUCCUUUGGGCUGUUUUUGCAAACGGAGUCUUCCACAGUUUAGACUUUCACCUGGUUGAAGGCCCGUUCACAUUUUCACUCACCGAGAGGUUUUACCACACAUUGCACGGUAAACCGAAGUCAUUAACUGUACAGAGAAAAUUUCUAUAUUUGCAAUGUUUGCUGUAUAAUGAGAAAGAGAGAGGAUAAAAAAAAACAAACAAUACUACAUCUACUAAAAAUAUAUCUAUAUAUAUAUAUCUAUAUUCA